UAACGGCCCCCAUACCGAUUUGCAUAGGGCCGUUCUAAGCCCUGCUUAGGUGCUUUGGGCUGCUAGAUCAAUAGGUAGCCCGCGAGCCUAAAACGAAACAGCAUAUUGUACAUAGUUACAAUCUGUCGUUAAGAUCUUCACGAAUGGAUAACACAUGUAAAAAGGCAACAUUAUGUACUAGGUAAACAUUACGAGAAAGCAGUUGUAUAGGUGCCUAGGUAUGAAAGGGCGUGUAUUCCAGAACUCAUUACGUACCUAGUACUGAGUACAAUAGCACUGUCCUUGAUGUCAGUGGCCACCACGAAACACUGCCCAGAGAGCUCAGUGAAGAUCGCACCAAUGAUAAGAGCCUUAGGCCCCCUCAUUAAUAGAGGCAACCUGAUAUGGCAGCAAUAAUUUACCCCUCGUGUGCUUGGAGCAUCUUCUUUGCCAAAUACCUACCUAAUAACUAAACUCUACUCUUCCAAUCUUUACCAACCUCCCAACAUGGAAGACGAGAAAACAAAAUUACUAGAUAAAGAAGAGCUUCACGCCAAGCCCCGGUGGCAGCGUCGUGGAAAUCGACGAUGGAGCAUCGUUUUGAUCCUAGGGCUAGCGUUAGCAGCAAUCCUACUAUCACAAGUAACGGACAUCAUCUCGAUACCCUCCUCCCUGAGCCACCACCGGAAAAAGUUCAACUUGUAUGAGCACCUAGGCCACCGCUCCCCCAUCUUCGUCCCCCCCAACACGCCCGCAUCACUCCACUCAGGCACACCACCAGACUGCACCGUCUCCAAAGCCUUCCUCAUCCACCGCCACGGCAGCCGGCACCCGCACGCCUCCGAGCUCGCCGUCGUCGACCACCUAUCCUCCUACAUCGCCACGCACCGCACCCUGUUCUCGCACCCGCGCGCCCAUCCCCCGCACUCCUGGGCCUUCCUCGCGCAGGGCAGCUGGGACGGCUCCUUCUUCCACACGGACCACCUGACCGCCUCGGGGCGCAAGCAGCUGUUCGACCACGGCGUCGCGCUGCGCCUGCACCACCCAUCGCUGUACACCGACAGCCACGUGGUGGCCGGCGACGAGGACCGCGUGGUCGAGUCCGCGCGCUGGUUCAUGGACGGGUACUACGGGCGCGCGUCGAACGCGACGGCGUCGCUGCGCGUCGUCGGCGAGGGCGCCGACACCGUCAGCUGGAUCACGCCGCACGCGUCGUGCCCGCGGUGGAGCGAGCGGCUCGGCGAGGACGUGCUGCCGCGCUGGCGCGAGGUCUAUCUGCCGCCCAUCGCGGCGCGCAUUAACCGUGCGCUUGGCAAGGCGUACCCGGGGGUUGGGUUUACGGCCGAGCACGUGCAGGGCAUGUUCUACGCGUGCGCGUACGGGACGGCGGUGCAGGGGAUCGGGUCGUCGCCGUGGUGCGAGGUGUUCCUGCCGAGGGAGAUCCUGGAGAACGAGUACGAGUCCGACCUGCUCAUGCGCGGGUUCGCCGGGUACGGGCUACCGGGCGACAUGGGCGCUGUGCUGGGGAGUCUGCUGGUCGGCAAUGUGACGGCCUUUCUGCAGAGCGGGGAAGCCCCGAAUCUUUCGUUGGGCUUUGGCCACGACAAGACGAUUGCGAUGGGGUUGACGGCGCUGGGGCUUGCGUUUGAUAAGGCUUACCCGGUUGAGGGACCGGUGGACCCGAAGAGGGCGUGGAGAGCGGCGAAACAGAUGCCGUUUGCGGCGUCCAUGUUCUGGAAGAGGUUGGAGUGCAAGCAUAAGGACAGGAUCCAGCUGGUAUUGGACGGCGCGAAUUUCGGGUUAGGGCCGACUGGUUGUAAGACCGAUAAGUACGGGACGUGUGCGUUAGAGGAUUUUGUCAGCACGGGUAAAGUGCAAGCGGCGCUCAACUUUAGGCAUGGCGACGAUCGGUGGAGAGAAGCCUGUUUGGUCUAAACGUCGGAGUUUAUCACCUUUCCAAUGGUAUAACGUG